AAUUAUUUUACACUCUCUGCCUCCUGCUGAAGAGAAAUCCAUCUCGUUCUUGGUUCUUUCUUUCUUUCUUUCAUCUUUCUGCAUUUCGUCCUGGUCCGAGUGCAAAUACUCAGGGGGAAGGACGAGGCGACGAGUGUUGCAAAAUAAAAUGAAAGUUUUUAGACACCUUUUCAGUUAAAGUAAAAUAUUAUUAUAAUUCGCAAAGAUGAUGACUAUUGAGUGACGAAAAAGUGUGCGAAAGAGGAAGUGAAUACAACCAACCAUCAAAAGUCAUCUCGUAGUAUGGUGGCUGGUUGAUUCAACUUUUUUGUGGCCCAGUUUCGAAAAGUUGUUUGUUUGUUUUCAAGCACUAGUUUUUAAAAGGUUUUGUCCGUGAUGAUAAGUUCUCUGUCUUGCUCAUCAUUGUAAUUUUUGUAAAUAUACAUGAUCAUUAUUUUUAGCUUAAUAUAAAUCGUUGUGAAUCAAGAAUUAAUACAAGAGUGAAGAACGAAGAGCCAGCAGAUGUAAUUAAUUGCAGCAACACAGCAGAAAGAGAUAUUAUUAAUUGAAAUACAGCAAAGUAACCAAUUUUAGUCAUUUGGUUUUGUCAUUUGUCCACAACUGAAUUUAUCCGGAGAGAACAAGUCAAGUCUUAUUAGAAAAAAACAAUAAAUUAAUUCGCGACAUUUUGAAAUCCCAAGUUGCCAGUCGAUAAGUACUAUUCAGUUCACAGCGAACGCCUAAUUUUGGAAACAACUGGUAGACAAUUUCUACUGUAAAGAUCGGUGAAUACAUAAUAAGAUCGUUACAAAUUAAGAUAAGCAAACAUAGUCAUGGCAGACGUUGUGGAUCCGGAAACAUUGUUGGAGUGGCUGAGCAUUGGACAGGGCGAGGAAAGGGACAUGCAGCUUAUCGCUCUUGAACAGCUAUGCAUGUUGCUCUUGAUGAGUGACAAUGUUGAUCGUUGUUUUGAAUGUUGUCCGCCGCGAGCAUUUCUUCCAGCCCUGUGCAGGAUAUUUUUGGACGAAACUGCUACAGAAUCAGUGUUGGAAGUCACAGCUAGAGCACUUACGUACUAUUUGGACGUAUCCGCUGAAUGUACUCGUAGAAUUGUGUCAGUUGAUGGAGCCGUAAAAUCCAUUUGCAAUAGAUUAGUUGUCGCUGAAAUCAGUUCCAGGACUUCAAAGGAUUUGGCUGAACAGUGUGUGAAGGUUCUGGAGCUAAUAUGUACCAGAGAAGCUGGGGCAGUUUUUGAGGCUGGUGGGCUUACUUGUGUGCUGACCUUUAUCCGAGAUAAUGGAAAUAUGGUUCAUAAAGACACUCUGCACUCUGCGAUGUCUGUCGUAUCAAGAUUGUGUUCCAAGAUGGAACCUCAAGACACAACUCUCACUGCAGUGGUUGAAAGUUUAUCAACUCUUUUACGCCAUGAAGAUAACCACGUGGCUGAUGGAGCAUUGAGAUGUUUUGCAUCACUUUCGGAUAGAUUUACAAGGAGAGGAAUUGACCCAGCUCCAUUGGCAUCACAUGGAUUAGUUAAAGAUCUACUUGCUAAAAUGUCAUCAUCGCUUGGCACAACGUCAUCAAACAUAUCAAGUUCUACUCCUAACGCGUCAACAAUGGGAGUUUCUAGCGGAGUUUCUUCAACAUCCAACACCCCGAACGAAGCCAAAAGUACAGCAACUGUGUCAACGAUUAUAAGUUUGCUUUCAACUUUGUGCCGUGGCUCUCCGUCAAUAACACACGAUCUUUUACGAUCUGAACUACCCGAAGCAUUAGAAAAAGCUUUAAAGGGGGAUGAAAGGUGUGUGCUUGACACAAUGCGACUUGUUGAUCUUCUUUUGGUGCUACUGUUUGAAGGCAGAAAAGCAUUGCCAAAGCAAUCUGGCGUGGCGAGUGCCAGAUUGGCUAGUCUCCGACGACAGGAUGGUACCUCUGGAGAGAAAACCCAUCGUCAACUCAUUGACUGCAUACGUAGUAAAGACACUGAGGCGUUAAUAGAAGCCAUUGAAACUGGAGGUGUCGAAGUAAAUUUUAUGGAUGAUGUCGGACAAACAUUACUAAAUUGGGCUUCUGCUUUUGGGACUCAAGAAAUGGUUGAAUAUCUAUGUGAUAAAGGUGCUGACGUUAAUAAAGGCCAGCGGUCAUCUUCUCUCCAUUAUGCCGCUUGCUUUGGAAGACCUGCAAUCGCUAAAGUUUUAUUAAAACAUGCCGCCAAUCCCGAUUUAAGAGACGAAGAUGGGAAAACUCCUCUGGAUAAAGCCCGAGAACGGAAUGACGAGGGCCAUCGAGAAGUUGCCACAAUUUUACAAUCGCCCGGUGAAUACAUGGUGUCUUCAGAAAUUGUGAGGGAGCGAUCCAAAUCGGAGUGUGAAGAAGUUGUACAACAAGAAGCAAAAGGGGAUCCAGAAAUGGCUCCUGUUAUUCCUGUAUAUUUACAACGACUUUUGCCCCUCUUCUGCUCCACGUAUCAUUCAACCAUGGUUCCUGCCGUUAGACGAGCAAGUUUGAACUUGAUAAAGAAGAUGAUUCAUUAUAUACCUUCCCCGUUAUUGAAUGAACUUUCCGAACUUUGCAAACCUGAAUCUGCGUCGCAUUCGCUUGGAACAGUGUUGGUUGAGGUCAUCGCUGCGGUCUUAGAUAAUGAGGAAGAUGACGAUGGUCAUCUACUCAUCCUGACAAUGAUCAAAGAUCUUAUGAUGAAAGCUCAAGAAAUAUACGUGGAACACUUUGCAAGGCUAGGUGUUUUCGUUAAGGUGCUGAACCUGUGUCCAAACGACCCCGAAAUUCUUAAAAAAGAGGAAACUCCUGAACGUUUGGAUACUGACACAGUUAUGAUGGAAGAUGCAAGUGAAAUAACUGCCGGAAAACCUUAUCAUUGGAGGGAUUGGUGCAUCUGUCGUGGGCGGGAUUGCUUAUAUAUCUGGAAUGAAGCUGCAGCACUAGAAUUAUCAAAUGGCAGUAAUGGAUGGUUUAGAUUUGUUUUGGAUGGCAAGCUCGCGACAAUGUAUAGUUCGGGUAGUCCAGAAGGGGGAUCUGAUAGUUCAGAAAGUCGAAGCGAAUUCAUCGAAAAGCUACAACGAGCCAAGGCAGGCAUUCGACCAGGAAUGCAGUCGCAGUCAAUUUUGAGUUCCCCAGGCCCAAACAAUCAAAUGAAGAUUGGAAACUGGGCGCUUUCCUGUAAGAAAGAUGGCGAACUAUCCAUUUCUAACACUGAUGGACAACAACAAACCACAAUUCUCAAAGAUGACUUGGCUGGAUUUCUUUUUGAAUCCAAUCGGGGGACCCGCCAUUCUUUUACUGCUGAAGUUGGGACCUUGGGACCUGAAUUUGCCACUGGUUGGGUUGGAAAGCGUGGCAAGCGACUAAAGUCUAAACAUGAAGCAAUGAAACAAAAGAUCCGAUCUCUUGCUCAGGAAAUUUUCGAUAAUUAUUUUCAAGUGGCUCAAUCACAACCUCGAGGAGUUGUUGCAAAGUUGGGGACAAUUGUUGCCCAGUUGGAACGUGCAUGUUUCAAACAGCAAACGGGUCAUCGAGAUGAUUGUACUACCUGGCAGCAAGUUUUAAAAACUGCUUUGGAUGAGUUGGCCCGUUUAUUGCGAGACGAUUCGCUUGUCUCUGCAUAUGAAUUGCACUCAUCAGGGUUGGUCCAAGCCUUGAUUCGCCUGUUUACAUCAGAUCAUGAAAGAGAACAUGACGUAUUUUUUGGAAAAUCGAGUCGCCGUCGUCAAGCGGCAAUGUUACAACAACGAUUAGAAAUUCUAAAGUCUGUGCUAAAAGAACGAAAUAUUGAAGGUUCAAGAGUUAAUUGUGGACGAGCACUUGUCAAGAAAUUGGUAACCGUGCUCGAAACGAUUGAGAAAUUACCUGUACUGUUGUACGAAUCUUCUGGUGCUAAUUAUGGAUUGCAAGUACUCACACGGAGACUUAGAUUCCGACUGGAAAAAUCGUGCACAGAAAGCUCACUUAUUGAUAGAUCAGGACGUACCUUAAAAAUGGAACCUCUAACAACUAUUGGACAAUUGGAAAAUUAUUUGCUGAAAAUGGUUGCAAAACAAUGGUAUGACUAUGACCGUUCCACAUUUGCAUUUGUGCGAAAGCUCAAAGAAUCUCCUCCUGCUACAUUUCGACAUCAGCAAGAUUUUGACGAAAACGGUCUUAUAUACUGGAUUGGUACUAACGGAAGAACUAGCAUGGAGUGGGUAAACCCUGCACAGUACGGACUUGUCAUUGUAACUUCGUCAGAAGGUCGUAAUCUUCCAUAUGGGCGGUUACUGGACAUUUUAAGUCGGGAUACCUCGGCAUUGAAUGUACACACGAAUGAUGAUAAAAAAGCAUGGUUUGCCAUUGAUAUGGGAGUUUGGCUUAUCCCGUCAGCCUAUACUUUGCGACAUGCUCGAGGUUAUGGCCGUUCGGCAAUGAGAAAUUGGAAAUUCCAAGUAUCAAAGGACGGCAACACUUGGGAAGAUUUAAUGAAUCACACUGAUGAUUGUUCACUGAAUGAACCAGGAAGCACAGCCACAUGGCCUAUUACACCUCGCGAGGAUGAAACGAUAGGAUGGCGUCAUAUUAGAUUGCAACAAACCGGGAAAAAUGCAUCUAACCAAACACAUUAUCUUAGUCUUUCUGGAUUUGAAGUGUAUGGAAAAGUCACAGGAAUAUGUGAUGAUUUAGGAAAAGCCAUGCGAGAACAAGAAGCAAACAUUAGGAAACAACGGCGAUUAAUCAGAUCCCAGUUGAAACACAUGGUUGUAAAUGCUCGAGUUGUCCGUGGGGUUGACUGGAAAUGGAGAGAGCAAGAUGGAAAUCCCCCUGCAGAAGGAACAAUUACCAGUGAGCACAACGGCUGGAUUGAUGUAACAUGGGACGCUGGUGGUUCAAAUUCAUAUAGAAUGGGAGCUGAAGGAAAGUAUGACUUGAAGCUGUCGCCCUUAUAUGACCCGGAAUCAGCAACGAAUUCUAAAACUCCUGCAGCUAAAGUCUCCAAAUCCAAAGCUGCUGUUGGAGAAACUUCAGGAAAAGUCAGUGUACUCGCUAGUAGAAAAUGCAGCUCUACUUCUAGUCUUCCAGAAGCAAUGGAUGGAAAUUCUGCCAAACUGCACUCCGUUGCAUCCACUGAGCAAGCAUCAUCUGCGGAUAGUCUAUUGGUGAACAAGUUGAGUGAACUAAUGGCUGAGUCGGUAUUAUCAAACGCGCAGUCAGAUUUAACACUUGAAAAUAUUGUGACUUCAUUGAGCGUACCGGAAGAAAUACAUCCUUCAUGUAGCAUUACUGCAGCUGCUGUCGCCGUCUCUGAUCUCGCUACCAUUGUUGAAGAAAGGAAUAUUGGCAGUAGCGGUAAACCAAAUGCGUUAUCAGUUACUUUGGGAGACACGAGUGAAGAUGAAACAUUCUCACCCCUUCCUUCUAAACUACCCGUAGCCUCUGCUCCAACCGAUGUUCCAGGCGGAUCAUCUAAGCUGACUGAAGGAUCUUGUCCUGGGAGUGCAUCGUCAUAUGAUGACACCGAGUUUUUCAACAGUUUGAAAAAUGGAAAGAAUGCAGUAUUAUCUGCAUCUAAACCUGCUGUGUCAACCUCAAAUCCAACCAGCAGUAGCGGAAGUAAACCGAAAACAAAAGUUUCUAAUAUGAGUUCCAUCGAGUUUGGUGAUUUGGGUACAAUGGGCCCCCCAGGUCUUAAGGAUGUUAUGAAAAUGAUUGCUUUGCGAAGAGCAAUGGAUGACAGUAGUGAAGAAAAGAAACUGAGAAAUAUUCAAAUGGAAGAUUCGGAGGCGUCUGGAAGUGGUGACCGGGGUUCAUCUAGUGGAAGUGGAAGUAAAUCUCGGAGGACUUUAGCUUGGCUGGGAACGAAUAAUAAAGGGGUUCCUGGCCGAGGCACGGAAAGCCAGGCAAACCCAGGAUCCGCUGAUGCCUCCACUGCUAGUGGCACCACGCCAGGGACAUCAUCAUCCAAAACAAUUUGUUCGAAUCCAAAGAGUGUGUCUGUUCCCAAUUUAUCCACGACUGAAACUUCCUCCUUGUCUACAUCCUCAAACUCUGUUUUUUCCUCUCCACUCUCCCCAGGAACCAACAAUUUAAACAAUGUAUCAUCCUCACUAUUUGACAGUUUAUCAGCGAUCGCCAGAGUUCGGUCGUUGAUCAAUAGUUCUAGAUUUCCAUCAGUUUCUCAAAACUGUAACACGUUGGUGACAACAACUUCUCAUGCAAGCCCCUGUCCUCCUAACACUAAUAACCCCCAGCAGACCCCUCAAAAUGUACAUCCACCAGCAGCUCAUCAUCAUAAUCAUCAUCAUCAUCCUCCGCCUCCCGUUCCUACAUCCCAACAACACCACCCAAACCAUCAAUCAUACAAUCCUUUCGUUUUCGGACGCGCCCCACAUUCUGUCUCAAGUCUUGUUAGGAUUGCACUUACCUCAAAUUUUCCAGGAGGUCUCCUCAGUACUGCACAGAGCUACCCAAGUUUAUCAGGAAAUAAUUCUGGAGGUGCUGCUACAGCGUCUAGCGGUGGACAGAACUUGGGUCAAACUUUAACAAUGAGUUUAACUUCUACCUCCAGUGACAGUGAACAGGACUUUCUGGAAACUUGUCGAACCACCACGUUAUUAGCUGAGCUGGAAGAUGACGACGAAUUGCCGGAAGAUGAGAAUGAUGACGAUGAAGAAAAUGAAGACGACUAUAUGUACGAAGAGGCAGAUGAAGAUUGCUUCGAAGUUCGAUCUGGCAAAAGGAGAUCUUGGGAUGAUGAAUUUGUUCUCAAACGUCAGUUUUCAGCAUUGAUUCCUGCUUUCGAUCCACGACCUGGGCGGACCAACGUGAACCAAAUUAGUGAGGUCGAAGUACCAGCUCCGCUAGACAGCACAGUGUCGACUCCAGGAAGGGAUGUAGACUGUUGCAUAGCUCCACAACCCAAGCUUAAUUUAAUUCUUCGUGGACCUAAUUUACCAGGCGUACCUGAUAUAGAAAUAGAUUUGAGUAAUCGCAAAGCUACCAUUUUCCAAGCUGUCCAAGAUCUCGUCCAAACUUCUCAAAUUGGAACCAAGCAGGAAAAACUCCGCAGAAUUUGGGAACCGACUUAUACCAUCAUUUAUAAGGAAGAAAAAGAAUCCGAAGAAAAGGAAUCUCUUGAUACAUGCACUUCCAGUUUUGGUGGAACAAUUUCCCCAUCUCCUUCCUCCAUUUCAUGUUCUGUGGAGGAAGUCAUGAAUCUGCUCCGUCAUUUGUAUUCACUAAGUGCUUCAAGCAAAUUGCAGGACGAUACUAUCAUCUGUAUGGAUUUGAACAAGGGAUUCUAUGUUCCUCCCGAUGAAUUUAUCAGCAAAAAAAUUACAAACAAACUUGUUCAGCAAGUUCAGGACCCUUUAGUACUAGCUAGCCGUGCUUUGCCAACGUGGUGUGAAGACCUUACAUAUUCUGCUCCUAUGCUGUUUCCCUUCGACACCAGAAAUCUAUAUUUUAGUUGCACCGCAUUUGGGACGUCGAGGUCUAUCGUGUGGUUACAAAAUCAGCGAGAUUCAACAGUUGACAGAAAUAGAACACGACGAGAUGAUCCUCAUGAGUUCCGACUUGGUCGACUUAAACAUGAGCGUGUUAAAGUUCCUCGAGGAAAUAAUCUGUUGGAGUGGGCUCUACAAGUGAUGAAUUUCCAUGCUGCAAGAAAAUCAGUUCUCGAAAUCGAAUUUCAAGGGGAAGAUGGGACUGGCUUGGGCCCAACCUUGGAAUUUUACGCCCUUGUCGCUGCAGAACUGCAAAGAAAAGACUUGUGUAUGUGGUUAUGUGAUGAUAUUCCGGAUUCAAAUCGGUAUGACCGACUUCCAGUAAUUGACGAUACUGCGUCCAAGCCACCUGAAUAUUAUGUUCAACGAAGCACUGGAUUAUUUCCUGCGCCAUUGGUCCAGGAUAGUUUAACUUGUGAAAAGGCUUGCAGACUGUUUAGGUUUUUGGGUAUCUUUAUCGCCAAAGUCUUACAAGACAAUCGUCUUGUGGAUCUUCCUUUGUCUCGCCCAUUCUUUAAACUGUUGUGCUCUGGAGAAUUUGGGAGUGAAGUUCGUGAAAGGUCAAGAGGUGACCGUGUCGCUACGCCUCUGUCGGACGAGGACUUAAUGGUUUCUUCGUAUAUUUCUCAGGAGAGCGAAAAGGAAAUGGAGCUAGAUCCACCAAAAUAUCGAAUAACGGAAAAUAAGCCUUGGUACUCUGGAAUUUUAACUAUUGAAGACCUGACAGAAAUUGAUCCACCUCGAGCUCGCUUUUUGAAUCAAUUACAAGAACUUGCUACCCAAAAAAGACGUAUUCUACAUGAUAACUCUCUCUCAGAAUCUGACAAACUUCGACAGAUUCAAAAUUUGGCUCUACCUCACUUAUCAAACCAAGAGCCAGGACCAGCAAUUCGAUUAGAAGAUCUGGGGCUAAAUUUUCAAUACUCUCCCUCAUCCCGUGUAUUUGGAUACUCUGCCGUUGAUCUUUGCCCUCGUGGAGAAUUUGAAGAUGUUUCCAUUGAUAACAUUGAAGAUUAUAUCGAACUCUUGACUGAUUUCUGCUGUCGAACUGGAAUUCAUCGCCAGCUUAUGUCACUGAAAGAAGGCUUCGAUUAUGUAUUCUCAAUUGAAAAACUCGGGGCCUUUAGCCCAGAUGAGGUGAGAUUAAUGCUAUGUGGCGACCAGAGUCCUGUUUGGACUCGUGAGGAUAUACUAAACUAUACUGAACCCAAGCUAGGUUACACCAAAGAAAGUCCUGGUUUCCUCAAAUUCGUCAAUGUUAUGGUAUCGUUUACAAGCGAGGAGAGGAAAUCAUUUCUUCAAUUUACUACUGGAUGUUCUUCACUACCUCCCGGGGGCUUAGCAAAUCUGCAUCCUAGACUUACUAUUGUUCGAAAGGUGGACGCUGGCGAAGGAAGUUAUCCAUCAGUAAAUACUUGUGUGCAUUAUCUUAAGCUACCUGAGUACCCUUCUGAGGAAGUGCUAAAAGAGAGGUUGCUUGCGGCAACGAAAGAAAAAAUGUUCCUUCUUGCAUAGUCAGACCAAACCGGCACACGAGAACAGCAACGAUUCCAUUUGAAGGUUCAUCAAAAGUUGGUAAAUAAGUGAUUAAGAAAAAAGAUCAUCCAAAAAUUUUUGCUUCUAAAUAACUGAUCUAACAUAGUUUGAAGAAAAAACUUUGAUCAUCAUAUGAAUAUUUACUGUUAGUUGUAGUAAAGACGAAAAAUAAUGUCACCGGGCGCCACUUUCGCUAUAAUAAUACACACAAUAUAAAUACAUACUAAAUCUAACGCAACAAUCUCCUAUAAUCACACUAUAUUGUAAUCACAUGAUUUUGGGGGUUGUCUGAACUUUGACUAAUGUUUAACUAUUGUAAAACAAAAGCCACAUGGUGUUAAUAAAAAUGAAUCACGUCAUGAAAUUAAA